AACAAGACUAUAAGCGCCAAUCAUUGCCAGUUGAUUACUUCUUUUGUUGGCAGCUAAACGUCAAAUGAAGGUUUUGAUCUUUUUGUUGGCUCUUAUUGGUGCAUCAUAUGGCCAAGUUGAGCCAUAUGGAUCGAAUAUAUGCCGACUGUUUGCAGAUGGUGUUCGGCUACGUAAUCCUGGGAGUUGUGAUUCCUAUAUAACCUGUAACGAUGGCGUAGAGGAAAUAACCCAAUGUACUGGAAAAAACUCCUUCUACAACAAGGAUAGCAAAAAGUGUGUUAGCAAGGCCCCUGAUUCAUAUUGUAAGGAUCCGUGCAAUAAGAAAUCACCAUUUUGGGAAGCAGAUCCUAAAUCGUGUAAUGGAUAUUUCAAGUGUACCGAUCAUGGAGGUGUUCAGGAUUAUUGUCCAGAUGAUUUGGAUUUUGAUUUCAAAGAACAAGCUUGUGUCUACAAAUCGGAUUCAAAAUGCAAAGGCUUCAAUUACUGUGACAUAGUACCAAAUAACGAUGUGUCAUUUAAGAACGAGAAAAACUGUGAAAAGUAUUAUACAUGUGUCAAGAAUAAGUUGAAAGAAAGUUUCUGCAACAAGGGCUAUUAUGACGUUCAGAGAGGUUGCGUCAAAAAAUCCGAAGUUGAUUGUCCGGUACAUCCGAUUCCCAAUGGAAUUUGCGGUACAGCUAAGAGACCAGUUCGAGAUAAAUUUGUUGACGAUGAACGGACUUGCUCUGGUUAUUUGUAUUGUCAUGACCGUGGUGAUAAUGUUGUAGAUGAAAAACCAACUAUCGGUCGAUGUCCGGAGGGAAGAUUUUUUGACACCGUUGAACAGGGUUGCAUAACUGCAGAAAAUGUCAAAUGCGACGAGGAUCGAUGUGAUAAUAUGAAUAGUCCCAAAGUCAUCAGUUCCGAAUUAGGUUGUCAGCAUUAUUUGAUUUGUAAGGAUGGAGUUAUGGUUGCUGAAGAAAAAUGUCCGGAGGAUAUGUAUUUUGAUGUUGACACUUUAGAGUGCACAACAGAUGUCAAGUCUUAUCCAGCGUGUUCUCUUUAAGGAUGUAAUAUGAUGGCAAAAUAAAUUGAGAAAUGAAAUGUCA